CACAAGCUCCUCAUCCGCCUCAAGAAAACUCCCAUUCCUGACAACAUGUGCCACGGAAACUACUUUGGUGGUCUGGGCUACGGUUAUGGUGGCCUGGGUUAUGGCUACGGAGGCCUAGGCUACGGCUAUGGUGGACUGGGCUAUGGCUAUGGUGGCCUGGGCUAUGGCUAUGGCUGUGGCUGUGGCUCUCGAUAUGCCUACAGUACCUAUCGCCCAUGCUGCUAUGGAAGACUUUCUGGAUUCUACUAAGAAGUUAGACUUGCUGGCUGAUUUUUGGUCAUUUGCUUAUAAAAUCCCAGGGCACUGACAUGUAGGAAAAAUUAUAAUUUUACUUUUCAAUAAAGAUAAAUUUCUUCCACAUUAUUUCC